CAAUGUAAAUAAGAAUAAUUACUAAGGAUUCAAUGUAAACAAAUAAAUAUUUAGCGAGGCAAUACCGUAAAUUGUGAAGUUGAGAGCCAAAAUAUGCGUUUUGCCCACCGAAGUUCCAAUAAUGGAAAUUAAUGGUUGAAGGAGGUGAGUCGGCCGUUUGCAAAAUAAACGGGAGAAGAUGAUAACAGAAGAUCUCGAGAAAAAGUUGAACCUAGCAGAGCCCAUGGAGUUAGAAACACAUCACCAAAGUAACAACAAAUCCUCUCAAACCAUCAUUUUGCUUCGCAGAUUCCUUCUCAUUCAGCAGCGUAGAGCUCAAGCUUAUGCCAAGCUCAAGCGGAGGGGAAUUAGCUUACCAACAGCUUUGUAGUGAGGUCACACUAGAGUUCAAUGACUGCUCGAAACAAGUCCUUGAAAUGGAGUCCCUAUUUCUAAAUCCUGAUUGUAGCCGAGUUGAUCUUGCUCAGCUGCUUAGAGCUGUUCAAACGCAGGAAAAGCAGAAAUUACAUUUGACUGCAACAAUUCAGGUGUUGAAGAAGGCUGGUCGGCCAUCAGAACGUCUGGUGAGCCAUGAAAAUUGCAGGUUUACAAAACCAAUGGAGCAUGAGUGUGUGCAUGUCCAUGAAAUAACUGAAGCUGCUGGAACUGAAGAGGCAGAAGCAGAUGCUGAGUAUGAUAAUGCACUCAAGGAAGCCAUUAGAGGAGUCCAGGAUGCUGUGACUGCCAUAAAUGAACAUUUAGAAGAAGUCAAGUAUGAGAUUGAUGCCCUUGAAGAUGAGUGACUUUUAACUCGCUCAGCAGAGCUGAUGAGAAAGUUUGAGAAAUAAAAAAAAAAGACCAUCAAUGUAUAUAAGAUGCUCUUGUCCUUAGUUCUUUAUCAUUUUCUGAUGGUUUUACUCUCAGCUUGAAAUCAAGAAUUUCUUGAGAAUUCAAUUUAA